AAAGCAAAGGGCAAGGGAAGGAACCCAGAAUAUCCCUUCUGCCGAGUGCCGACGACGGACCGUCACCCCCUUCCUCAUCCAGACUUCAUUCCUUCGCCGUACUCGACCAUGGCCAGAUGGCUCACCGCCAGCCUCGGGCCCUCGGCGCCCGUUGGGACCCCGCCACUCAGGCACGCGUCCGACGUUUCUCCAUCAGGCCGAGGUGGAGAUACGCGCAAGCGCCCAGAUGAGUGCAGAGUUUUGUUUGUUUUGUUUGUCCUUGUAGGUUUGGUGCUUUUCAGCAUUCUACUUCCAAUACAAUUGGUAGGCAGACAAGCAGUAAGCAGGAGGAGGAAGAAGAAGAAGCGCCAUGGCACUUGGAGUCUUUGUAGAUUGGAGGGGAAACACCAUUAAUAGAGAGGUGCACGGCGGAGUCAGAGCAGCAUGGUUUUUGUAUGUUCUGACUGUGAUAACAAACGUGGUUAUAGUCCCAAACGUCCUGAAUAUGGUUACUUAUCUCCAUGGAACAAUGCAUAUGGGGGUUUCAGGAUCCGUAACUACAGCUGCUAAUUUUUUCGGUGCCACAUCCGGGUUUGCAAUGAUCGGAGCUUUCAUCUCAGACUCCUAUGUUACCCGUUCUAGAACUAUGCUCAUGUUUGGUCCAUUUAUGUUUCUGGGAUACGGGUUGCUCGCACUACAAGCCUACUUACCCUCCCUGCAUCCACCACCGUGCAAUAUUGAAGCAGAGCUAAACAACUGCAAAGAGGUCCAUGGCCGGGACGCUGCCUUGUUGUACAUAGGCUUGUAUAUGAGUGCAUUUGGUGAUGGUUGUAUACGUUCUUGCUUGUCCUCCCUUGGAGCAGACCAGUUUGACCAUGAAGAUCCCACUGAAUCUCGCCAACAGUCCAGCUUCUUUAACUGGUAUACCUUCGGGAUCUCCUUUGGAGGCUUUGUAGGGCUGAUUCUCAUAGUGUGGCUCCAGAAGUAUAAAGGGUGGGAUAUCGGAUUUGGGUUGUGCGCUCUCCUAAUUCUUCUCGGACUGCUCAUUGUUGCUGCUGGUUUCCCCUUCUACCGCAACCAAGUACCAGAAGGAAGUCCUCUAACUCGAGUACUGCAGGUUCUUGUGGUUGCAUUCAGGAACAUGAAGCUUGAAGCACCCGAAAAUCUGGAAGAAGCACGGAAAAUCAAUCCCGAGGCGGGAACAGUUUCUAUUGAUGCAUACUCUCAAACAAAUAGUCUGAAAUUUCUCAACAAAGCUUGCAUCAACCGUGGUAAAAGUGGAGCCUGGUCAGUUUGCAGUGCGACGAAGGUGGAGGAAACUAAGAUUGUGCUCCGUUUUCUUCCGAUCUUCAUCAGCUCCGUGUUUGGAUAUAUAUCAAACAUUAUCAUCUUCACAUUCACAGUGCAACAAGGUGGUAUGACAAACACGAGGCUGGGCAAGAUUCAUGUUGAACCAGCGACGCUCUUCGCCAUCCCCGUAAUAUUCCAGAUGCUAAUUCUUGCCAUCUAUGAUAAAUUCAUUGUGCGAUUAUUGCGAAGGCGCACAGGAUACAUUGGUGGCAUCACCCAUUUGCAGCGCAUAGGUAUAGGCUUCGCCGCCAUGAUACUUUCCUGUGUCAUCGCAGCGGUUGUUGAGAAAAAGAGAAAGGAAGCUGUUGAGCAGAUGUCCAUUUUCUGGCUUACACCUCAGUUCUUACUGCUUGGCAUGUCAGACGUAACAUCAUUCACUGGGCUCCUUGAGUUCUUCAACAGUGAAGCGCCACGGGGAAUGAAGUCAAUUGGCACGGCAUUGUUCUGGUGUGAUCUAGGGCUUGCGUCAUUGAUGGCCACAUUCCUGGUGGAUGCUGUGAACAGGGCAACAAGGCAUGGUCACCAGCGAGGCUGGCUAGAGGGUACAACCUUGAACAGCAGCCAUCUUGACUGGUUCUACUGGGUUGUGGCUGUAGUCGGAUUGCUUGGCUUCUUCAACUACCUGUACUGGGCGAAGAAGUAUGUGUACCGGAACAACCAACGCACCACUAAGCCAACGGUAUGCAUUGAGCCAAUGGGUGAUCAGGUUUCACCUUGAAUUAUCAACAUAUACUCGGUAUAUUACUUUGGAAAACAGAAGGCUGUGUGAUUCACCAUGUCAUGGACUAGUCAAGCUUGGAAAGUGAAGUAUAAGCCUGCAGCAGUACUGUGCUGGCAUGUGCUGAUCGGCUGAAUUGAUCCUCCAUGCCAGAAGAUUUGGAUUUCACCGUACUAUGCAGUGUGUUCCAUGGUUUUCUUCGUUGCGAAAUAAUAUCCAGGGACAAAUAUAUAUGAUAUAUAUGUGAUUACUAAGUUGUUAUCUUGAUCAUGUUUCAGAACUGGUUACUCCAGUAGAAAUUAUAUAUAUAUACUCUGUUUGCCUUUACGGUGAAUGUUUUGUCGAAAUUUUGCAAACAGUUGUAUAUUC